ACACUAUGAGACUCCUUUCCAGAGCUGUACCAAGGCCUCGUCUGCCACAGCAGAGCUGCACGUUACUGGCAAGGCGCCACUUGACCAACAAUGGCUUCUUCCGCGUCUCAGAGGAGGUGCGAGAAGCUUUGAACUCGAAGAAGCCCGUCGUUGCGCUGGAGUCGACGAUAUACACUCAUGGCUUCCCAUACCCCGAGAAUGUAGCCCUCGCAUCCCUCCUCGAAAGCGUAGUCCGAGUCAAUGGCGGUGUGCCCGCAACCAUAGGCAUUCUAGGUGGUGUUGCACGUGUAGGCAUGGACCCAGAGGAGUUGAUCAGGCUCACUGAGUCUGCUGGCCAGCCGACGACCUUGAAGCUUUCCAGGCGAGACCUGAGCUAUGUCUGUGGACUGCGAUUGACAGGCAAGAACUUCAAUGGCGGCACUACAAUUGCAAGCACAAUGUUGCUCGCCGAGCUGGCUGGCAUCAAGAUCUUUGGAACUGGAGGUCUUGGUGGAGUCCACCGUGGUGCAGAGUCGAGCAUGGAUAUCUCUGCUGACUUGACUGAGCUGGGCAGGACACCCGUCACCGUGAUCUCAAGUGGCUGCAAGAGCUUCCUGGAUAUUCCUCGGACCCUUGAAUAUCUGGAGACUGAGGGUGUGGGUGUUGGCACUUUCGCAGAUGGCCGCGAAGGGAAGGUAGACUUCCCGGCCUUUUGGUCAAGAGACAGUGGCGUCAAGAGCCCAACAACCAUCCAGGACGAGAUUGAGGCUGCUGCUAUCAUUCACGCACAACAUGAUAUGCGAAUCCGGUCUGGUCUGCUCUUUGCCAAUCCCGUCCCAGUUGAAGCUGCCAUUCCAAAGGAAGAGAUGGACGUCGUCAUCGAGGAAGCCCUCAAGCAAGCCAAUGCCCAAGGCGCGUCCGGCAAGGAUAAUACACCUUUCGUCCUGGCAAAGAUUAAGGAGCUUACCAAAGGCAAAUCCAUCCCGGCCAAUAGAGCGCUGAUUGAGUCCAACGUAAGGAGGGCUGCCAUCGUUGCCCGCGAGUUGUCAAUCCUGGAAACAAAGCGAGAUGGAGCCCAAGGACGUAACUCUUCCUACUUCACUCCAGUGCAACUAAGCACCACUGCUGCGAAGGAAGUGCUUACCAAUGCAACACCAUCGAUACCCACACCACCUGCAACUCCUGUCUUUACAUCACCUCUUGUCUCUGAUGCUGCUGCACCUGUCGAUAUUGCUGUUGCAGGUGCACUUGCAGUCGACUUCUCAUGUGACUACGCUCCGUUCGCCAACGCUUCAAGCCAGGUCGACCCGCUGCCUCAUACUUCCAACCCAGCAGAGAUCAGCCAGAGCUUAGGGGGCGUAGCUCACAAUAUUGCUAAAGCCGCACAUCUCCUUGGCUCCUCCGUGCGUCUCUACAGCGCAGUCGGAAACGACCUCAGCGGUCGCGCAGCAGUCAGCCAGCUAGAAGACGAAGGCAUGCACAUAUCCGGUAUCGAAACCCUGCCCGCUCCAGCACGAACAGCUCAAUACGUCGCUGUCAACAACGCAAACAAAGACCUCGCACUCGCCAUGGCCGACAUGUCAAUCCUCGAAACCAUCCCCCAAAGUCUAACCUCCUCCUUGUCCGCCACUCUCUUCGCCAACCCCACAACAAAACCCAGGGUCUUUGUAGCAGACGCCAAUUGGUCUUCUCCCGCACUCCGCACCUGGCUCUCAGCCGCCCAUGCCGCAUCAACAACGACCAUCUUUGAGCCCGUCUCCACCGCGAAAGCACUGCGCAUCUUCCCCGGCGACUCACAAACGAUAUUGACAUAUCCCAAUCCCCUUGCCAGUAUCAUAACCCCGAACAACCACGAACUCAUCGCGCUCCACGAACACGCCCACACGAAGGGUCUCUUCGACACACCAUCGUGGUUCGCUGUCAUCGACGCCCUAGGUAUUCCAUCAACAGGUCUGCGCGUGCCAUUAGCCAUGGUGACAAGCAGCAAGCUAGUAGACGCAGGAAUCCCACAACAAGCGAUAAAGCUCCUGCCCUUCUUCCCUACCAUCCUGACAAAACUCGGUCCCCAGGGCGUGCUAAUGACAAAGCUGCUCUGCUUCGACGCCCCGGAACUGCACGAUGAUGCAGAAAGGCAAUACAUUUUAGCGCGCAAUAAUAAUGGGGAUGUGAAGGCGGGAGUGGGCGGGUUAUAUGUGAGACUGUUUCCAGUGGAGAAGGUGUUGAGCCCGGAGGAGGUGGUAAGUGUUAAUGGGAUUGGGGAUACGUUUUGUGGGGCUUUGGCUGUAGGCCUGGCAAAGGGGAAGAAGGUUCAGGAUGUCGUAGCCUUCGCUCAAAGGGCUGCGAGUCUGAGCCUGCGGAGUCGUGAGAGUGUGAGCCCUGAAUUGAGGAGCUUAAAGGGGGCUGUGGAGAGGUUGCAGGAAUGUAAGUUGCACGGGUUGAUACUCGAAGAAGUGGAUGACUUUUGACGUUGCGACUAUGUCCUCGAAUCUACAGCACAUCACAUAGCACCGGAAGCUCUGUCUCUCUACAACUCAUCCUUCAGCCCCGCAAUCUGCGGUGUCGUAGGCGUACAGCAGCUCUUCCUGUC